AUGUUCCUCAAUAAGUGCGAGGGGGACCUGGGGGAGCUGCGGAAGCCGGGGGACGGCGAGAGCUCCCCGCCGGCCGCCGCCGAGGAGGAGCAGCCCAAGAAGAAGCACCGGCGGAACCGCACCACCUUCACCACGUACCAGCUGCACGAGCUGGAGCGCGCCUUCGAGAAGUCGCACUACCCCGACGUGUACAGCCGCGAGGAGCUGGCCAUGAAGGUCAACCUGCCGGAGGUCCGCGUGCAGGUCUGGUUCCAGAACCGACGAGCCAAGUGGAGGAGGCAGGAGAAGAUGGAGGCCAGUUCCAUGAAGCUCCACGACACCCCUGUGCUCUCCUUCAACCGGCCCCCCAUGACCCCCAACGUGGGGCCCAUGAGCAACUCCCUCCCACUCGACCCAUGGCUGACGUCCCCCAUCUCCAGUGCCACCACGGUUCACAGCAUCCCCGGCUUCAUGGGAGCCCCCCAGGCCCUGCAGCCCCCCUAUGCUGGGCACUCCUUCCUCAACACGCCCCCGCCGAUGGCGCAGGGCAUGCAGCCCAUGGCCCCCGCGCCCUACCAGUGCAGCACCCCCUUUGUGGACAAGUACCCGCUGGAGGAGGUGGACCAGAGGAGCUCCAGCAUCGCCUCGCUCCGCAUGAAAGCCAAGGAGCACAUUCAGACCAUUGACAAGACCUGGCAGCCCAUUUGA